AUGGCUGGGGCGAGUGGCGUGGCAGGGGCGGGUGGCGCGGGAGGGAAGGGAGGAGGAGGGACAACGAGUGCUGGCGGCUUCCUGGGUUUGGUGCUCAUGGGCGGGGCUGGGGGAGAGGAAGGGAUGGAAGGGAUGGAAGGGAUGGUAGGAAUGCAGGGAACGGAGGGGAUGGAGGGGAUGGAGGGGAUGGAAGGGGGUGAAGAUGGGGAUGAAGAUGGGGAUGAAGAGUGGCAGAGCGGGAACGCAGAGAGCCUCAGGGGAGUGCGGGGCAAGAGGGAAGGCGGAAGGGGGCAGUGGACUGCAAGCACGAGUGCUGCCCCUCUUGAAGGGACGCUGCCUGCACCUGCAUGCACUCAUCCCCAGGAAAUUGAGCCAUGGCGACUCUCUCCUGCAAGUAAUGGCUUCAACUGGGCCUGCAGGGAGGCGGCGGGAGCGCCUCAGGGCAUUGCGUCAGCAGGCAGCAGCAGCGGUGGCAGCAACGGCUGUGGUGGCAGCAGUGGUGCCCCCGCCACGAGCGCCAGAGCUUGCGGUGCGCGCAGCUGUGGGUCGGGGCAGGAGCCACGUGAGGGCAGCAGCAGCAGAGGGACGCGAGAGGGCAGCAGCGCCUGUGGUGGCCCUCGUGACAUGAGUACUGAGCUAGGAAGCGCCAGCGGACUGUGGUCCAACGACUGCAGCACCUGUGCCUCACAGCAAGGACUGGGGGAGGACAGCAAAGAGGCGAGCCGGUGGAGCGGCGGCGUGAGUGCUGCUUUUUGGGAGGCGCUGCUGUGUGAGAGGAGGGAUGCGAGGGGGGAUGCGAGCAGCAGGUGUGCUGGCAGUGACGUGGAUGAUCUGUGUCAUUGCUCUGGUGCAGUUGGAGAGGCAGCGGGUCUGGAGAGGAGGAGAGAGGGCCAAGGGAAGGAAGAGGAGCAGGGGUGUGAUGAGAUGGCGGAGCAGGCAGAGGGGGAAGACGCAGGGAAGCAAGGCAGUGAGGACGAGGGGGGACGAGAGGAAGGGGCCAGUGUAGAGGCGGUGGGAGUGGAGGGUGUGGGAGGGGAGGCGGUGUGGCAGCGGCUGAUGGCUCACCGGCCCACGCUACCAGCAAGGCAGGAGAGGGCAGCUUCCGGCUCUGCCUCGCAGUGUGUCGUGGGCGGAUGCACAGGGGAGGGCUCUCACAGAGGAGCUUCAGUUCUCCAGGCACGAUAG